AUGGAAACGACUCAUGGUUCUCAUCCGCUCUCUUUGCCAAAGGAACAUCGUUUGGACGAGUUCUUGAACCCGGACUGGGAAGCGACACCCUCAGCUGAAAACGAAUACCAAAAACUCCCUGCUGUUGUUGUGAGGAAAGAUGAUGGAAGGAUGAAAGAUGAAGGAAGAUUGAACGAUUUGGCCCGGACCUCAUACUAUGGAAGAUCAUCAUUUGUUGCUGUGGAAGAGGAGGGAGAAAUCUCACCACCAUUACCUUCACGAAUCGAGUCGAUGUCAUAUAGAUCUCCAGUAGGUAGACGAAAGACACCUCCCAUGUUGCCAGUAUAUCCCACUAUGUACACAUCUCAUUUGGAUGAUAGACCACGAUUGUCUGACAAUAGAAAAAGUGGUAAGCAGACGUUUUCUGCAUUCUUAGAGAUGUAG